AUGUCCGUCAACGGUGCUAGCAGCACAGGCAAGGCCUCGGUCCAUGCCCCAGCUGCCCCUCGCCACACUGGAGGAGGUCUGGUGAAUGUCCAGCCUGCCCGCUUGGCGGACUUGCAGCCUCGCUAUGCGUCGACGAUCAACCACGAUAAUGAUAACCCCGACGCGCACGGCUGGUAUGCGCAGCUGAUCCACAACUUGGGAAAUUGUAUCGGUUUCUGCGGUGCCAUCCCCUGCUGUAUCUGCUGCCCCAACCCAUUCAAGCCUGUCGACCAGGGUCAAGUCGGUCUCGUAUCCAAGUUUGGUCGAUUCGAACGCUCCGUCGACCCCGGUCUGGUCAAGGUCAACCCCCUCAGCGAGCACUUGACUACCGUCGACGUGAAGAUCCAAAUUGUCGAAGUGCCUCGCCAGGUCUGCAUGACCAAGGACAACGUUACCCUCAACCUGACCUCGGUCAUCUACUACCAAGUCACCUCCCCGCACAAGGCCGCCUUUGGCAUCUCCAACGUCAAGCAGGCCCUCGUCGAGCGCACCCAGACCACCCUGCGCCACGUCAUUGGUGCCCGCGUCCUGCAGGACGUGAUCGAGCGCCGCGAGGAGAUCGCGCAGUCGACCGCAGAGAUAAUCGAGGAGGUCGCCUCGGGCUGGGGUGUCCAGGUUGAGUCCAUGCUCAUCAAGGAUAUCAUCUUCAGCAAUGAUCUGCAGGAUUCGCUCUCCAUGGCUGCUCAGUCCAAGCGAAUCGGUGAGAGCAAGGUCAUCGCCGCCCGCGCCGAGGUCGAGUCUGCCAAGUUGAUGCGCCAGGCUGCCGAUAUCCUGUCCUCGGCUCCUGCCAUGCAGAUCCGUUACCUUGAGGCUAUGCAGGCCAUGGCGAAGACUGCCAACAGCAAGGUUAUCUUCUUGCCAGCCAUGAACCAGUCUGUGCAGCAGCAGCUUGCGGCGGCUGAUAAUGCGGGCGAGGGCCCAAGCAACUACGGUGCCACGGACCACCACCAACAAGACGAUGGUUUCCAGCGCGCGAUUAACGCUCGCGUCGUCGAGAACAUUUAA